GGUGUUUGGAACCGCUUCUACAAUCUGAUUCUGCUGUUCCAAGGAGCACUAUGAAGCAGAAUCAAUUUUGUAAGUGUUUGGAUCUGAUUUUAAAAGUGAUUUUAAAAGGCUGAAAAAUCAGUUUUGUAGAAGCUGGGUAGUAGCAGCUUCUUCCAAACUGAUUCUGCUUCUUCCAAUUUUAUUCCUAAAAACCCUCGCUCAAUUUUAUUCCUCUUCUUCGCAUCGUCCCACCUGCUAGAGCUUCUCCUACCUGUGCCGCAAGAGCUUCUUCUCCUCCUACCUAAGCAAACUGCGAUUUCCAGUUGGCUCUUCUCUGCUCCGUUCCACCGCCCAGCCCAGCAGAAUCAAUACCAAACACUCCAGACAGAAUCACUUUUUCAGACAGCAGAAAAUUCUGAUUCUGAUUCUCACUUAAAAAAGAAGCAGAAGCAGAAUCAGUUCCAAACACCCCUUACGCGGUUUGAUAUUGGAUGUUCAAGUGCAACUGUGCAAGGAAUCUCUUCUUGUUGGUUUUUACUUGCAAACAGUCAAACACAUAGGUUGACCACCGAUAUAAUUAAUCAAUUCCCUAAUUCUAAUGUUACAUCGAACUACUACGUGCUCCGUAUUUAGGAACGGAGGAGUCAUACCUUAAUUUGCCUGUGUUUCAGUUCUGCCUUUUCCCAGAUUCGCAGAUCAGAUCAAACACCUUACUCUUUCAGCUCGAUUCUUAAAAAUCAGACGGGACAAGAAUGUUGAAGUUGAAGGGAGGGACAAGGCCUCCAUGGGUGGGACUUGGGGCUUCAGUUUGGCUGCAAAUAGCGGCAGGAAAUGGAUACAAUUUCCCACUCUAUUCCCACAGUCUCAAAUCGGUCCUGGGUUUGAAUCAGCAGCAGCUCACCAUGUUUGGGGUGGCAAAUGAUAUUGGGGAGAAUAUAGGCCUCAUUCCUGGCCUUGUCUGCAACAAGUUCCCACCUUGGGUUGUCCUCCUCAUUGGUGCUUUUGCUUGUUUUCUUGGCUAUGGAACUCUCUGGCUCUCUGUUAGUGGUACUGUUACCAACUUGCCUCACUGGCUGUUAUGGAUUGCACUUGUAAUAGGCACAAACAGCAGUGCAUGGUUCAGCACGUCAUUACUCGUGACAAACAUGAGAAACUUCCCUCUAAACCGGGGAACCGUGGCGGGAAUUCUCAAAGGAUAUGGAGGGCUUAGUGCCGCAGUGUUCACUGAAGUGUACGACGUAUUGCUUCACAACUCAUCUCCCAAUCUGUUGAUGUUCUUAGCUAUUGGAAUUCCUAGCAUAUGUUUCAUCAUGAUGUUCUGCGUUCGCCCAUGUACUCCUUCUUCUGGUGAUGACCCUUCAGAGCAUUCUCACUUUCUGUUCAUCCAAAUUGCGAGUGCUGCUCUUGGGGUCUAUGUUCUCACCACCACGGUUUUGGAAGAUGUUUUCUCAUUGAGUGUUCCCGUUUCUUAUGUUGUUGUUGUAAUCAUGGUACUACUCUUGUUGGCCCCACUUGCGGUUCCUGUAAAAAUGACUCUCUACCCAUCCAUUCUUAGCAAGUCUUUCAUCCUUGAUCAAGACAAGGGUGUUGAAGAACCUCUACUGAUGACACUGUCAUCAUCAUCAGCAAACCUGGGAAGUUUUGAUGAAGGGGAGGAGAUCUCAGAGGUCGAUAUGCUUCUCGCUGAGGGUGAGGGGGCAGUAAAGAAAAAGAGAAGGCCCAGGAGAGGUGAGGAUUUUAGGUUCAGAGAGGCGCUUGUUAAGGCUGAUUUCUGGUGUUUAUUUUUUGUCAAUUUUGUUGGUGUUGGUUCUGGGGUUACGGUGUUGAACAACCUUGCACAAAUAGGGAUUGCACAAGGUGUUCAUGACACCACCAUCUUGCUCUCCCUCUUUAGUUUCUGCAAUUUUCUGGGUCGUCUUAGCGGUGGGAUCAUUUCCGAACAUUUUGUCAGGUCAAAAGCUAUGCCAAGAACUAUUUGGAUGACAUGCACACAAGCAAUCAUGAUACUUACCUACCUUUUAUUUGCUUCUUCUCUUAAUGGAACUCUCUACAUUGCAACUGCUCUACUUGGUAUCUGCUAUGGUGUUCAGUUCUCCAUAGCGAUCCCCACGACUUCAGAACUGUUUGGCUUGAAGCAUUUCGGGCUAAUUGUCAGUUUUAUAGCACUAGGAAACCCUCUUGGUGCUUACCUCUUCUCGGGCCUUCUUGCGGGGAAAUUGUAUGACAAUGAGGCUGCAAAGCAGCAUAGCGACACUUGCAUUGGUCCUAACUGCUUUAGGGUAAUGUUCCUAGUUUUGGCGGGACUUUGCUCUAUCGGUUGUCUUCUUAGCGUACUUCUGACGGUGAGAAUAAGACCUGUUUACCAAAUGCUUUAUUCUGGUGGCUCGUUCCGGCUGCGACAAAGCUCUAAUCAUUGACCUAUUAUUUUGGGAACUUUCGGUUGUAUUUCAAGAUUGGACUGCUCUCACUUUUACAACUGUGGAGUAAAGAGUAAAAUAUGUUGUUUGAUCAUCACGACUCAUAUGUAUUGUUAUACUGUUCUUUUACAUUGUUAUUUUAUGCAACUCAGUUGGAUAGAAUAGAUAUCAGGCAUCGGAUAUUCCACCUAAGGGCUAUAAGCUUUGGACUCGGUUGUUGAUUUGUAUGCCUAAAGGCUAAAGCUUGAAACAGCUGAGCUAUUAUUAUUAUUAUUAAUUUCUUGGUGGUAACUG